AUGUUAUAUUUCUUUCAUUCUAUCACUUUUUCUUUCUCUGUCUCUCUCUCCUCAACCUCUUUCUUUUUUUAUGACUUUCUCUUCUCUUCCUUCCUCAUAACUUUUAAUCUUCUCUUUUAUUUUCAUUUCUACUUCUACCAUUUCUGUCAGAGAAAUUCUUUUUCUUUACUCUUUCAUUUUUUACUUCCACCUAUUGUUUCUUUCUUUUUUUUUCUUUCUUUCUCUCUCUGCUUUUCUCUCUUUCUCUCUCCUAACUUUCUAUCCUUAUCUUUAUUUGUUCUUCGCUCUCAUUUUUACUUCUUUCACACUCAUUGUGUGUAUUUCAUACCUUUAUUUUUCUCCCUCCCUCUCUCUCUCUCUCUCUUUCUUUUUCUUCCACCUUCUUUUGCAGACUAUUUUCCUUUCUCUUAUCUUUUAGUUGUUAUUUUUUCAUUCACACCUUUAAAAAAAACACCUUUUAAUUUCCAUCAGUUUUAUCUUUCUGAAUACAUUUUUACCUAG